AUGGCAGCGGCGAACGGGGACGCCAGCCACGGCAGCGGCGGUGUUCCGCGGCCGACGAACCCCAUGGUGACGCCGCUGCUCACCGACCUCUACCAGUUCACCAUGGCCUACGCCUACUGGAAGGCCGGCAAGCACCUCGACCGCGCAGUCUUUGAUCUAUACUUCCGGAAAAAUCCAUUUGGCGGUGAGUUCACCAUCUUCGGUGGCCUUGAGGAAUGUAUAAGGUUCAUUGCUAACUUCAAGUUCACGGAGGAUGAAAUCAAAUUUCUGCAAUCUGUCAUGCCUACAUGUGAGGACGGCUUCUUUGAGUACCUACGUUCGAUUGACUGCUCAGACGUGGAGGUUUAUGCCAUACCCGAGGGUUAUGUUGUGUUCCCUAAAGUUCCACUGAUGAGAAUUGAAGGACCUGUUGCUGUUGUCCAGCUUCUUGAAACUCCAUUUCUAAAUCUGGUCAACUAUGCUUCUCUGGUUACCACAAAUGCGGCACGGCACCGACUUGUAGCUGGAAAGUCGAAGAAUUUACUUGAAUUUGGACUUCGACGGGCUCAAGGACCUGAUGGAGGAAUCAGCGCAUCAAGAUAUUGUUAUAUGGGAGGCUUUGAUGCAACAAGCAAUGUUGCAGCAGGAAGAUUGUUUGGGAUACCAAUACGUGGGACUCAUUCACAUGCAUUUGUCAGCUCCUUCAUGGGUCUUGAUGACAUUACUGACAAAGCACUUAGUAGUUCUGAUGGUUCAAAGAAAUGUGAAGAUUUUGGCUCUCUGGUGCAGAAUUGGCUGAUCAGGAUUCAGGAAUCUAGUUCAUUGCAUGGUACCUUUGGAGAAACAAACCAAAGUGAGUUGGCUGCAUUCACGUCAUAUGCACUGGCAUUUCCAAAUUCCUUCCUGGCCUUGGUUGACACAUAUGAUGUCACGAGAAGUGGAGUGCCAAACUUCUGUGCUGUUGCUUUGGCCCUCAAUGAUAUGGGGUAUAAGGCAGUCGGUAUUAGGUUGGACUCUGGUGACUUAGCAUACCUAUCCAUUGAGUCCCGCAAGUUCUUCCGUGCAAUUGAAAAAGAAUUUGAAGUCGUUGGCUUUGGGAAAACAAGUAUCACAGCAAGCAAUGAUCUUAAUGAAGAAACUAUAGAUGCCCUGAACAAACAGGGCCAUGAGGUAGAUGCGUUUGGUAUUGGCACCUACCUAGUUACAUGCUAUGCACAAGCUGCACUUGGUUGUGUAUUCAAAUUAGUUGAGAUUAACAAACAGCCUCGCAUUAAGCUUUCUGAAGAUGUCACAAAGGUAUCGAUACCAUGUAAGAAAAAAUGCUACAGAUUGUAUGGCAAAGAAGGAUAUCCGUUGGUUGAUAUAAUGACUGGAGAAGAUGAGCCAGGUCCAAAGGCUACAUGGCACCUACAUGUUCUUUCAGUUGUGAUUUUGUAUGCCAUAGUUACUAUUUUACGAAAUCUGAAACAGCUGGUGGGUUUUAUGAUUUACCAUUUGUUUAUAGAUUGGUGA